AUGAUAGCUAGUCCACAGAUAUCAACCCUCGAGCUGCCUCAGAAGGCCUCUCCUGUCGCUGUUCGGGCUGCGAGACAUGCUGCUUCAAAUCAACACGCCUUGAUCAACUUGAUCCGAUUGGUCAAAUCGCUCGAAGUCAAGGUCAAUUCGGACGAUGUGGAUCUUGCGACUGAGCCAUAUACGGCGAAGAAGGAAUGGGAGACUGUGUUGUACGCCCGAGCUCUAUUAGAUGCCUUGAAAGAUGGAAAUGAACAAUCAUCGUCAACAUCUUCGAAUCUUUCUCUUCUGGGGAAGGAACUUUCCCUGAUCGAAUCCGCAUUCCGAAUCAGAUUAUCAUCCCCCUUACCUACCCCAGCUCUCAACCCAGCCGUGAUAGCUUUACCUAUGACUCCCAACCCAUCCAAUCCUCCUCCCACAGAAUCCAUCCCACCAGCAUCACUCCACACAUCUCAAAAGUCAUCGCCGCCCACAGUGACACCAAUUGAGCGAGUGCCGCCACCGGAUGGAGUGAGGAAGAGGAGAUCAAGGGUAGACGAAUAUCUCGCUCAGAGAUCAAAAUCAGAUUUAACAGGGUCAGAAGAAGGGCUUUUACCACUCAAACCUGUCAACUUGCCCAAGCAGAAUGUGAAUGGCCCUGGGGCAAGAGAAAGUUUGUUGGCUGGAUCAGGACCUGGUAAUGGGAUAGGUUCGGCUCAAUUACAUGAAGAAUUAGGGGGUCAGCUUAUCGACUUGUCGCAUCGAUUGAAACUGAACGCAGUGCAUUUUGCCAAUUCGCUUGAGAAUGAGAAAUCAAUAGUCGAGAUAUCACAAAAUACCUUGGAAAACAAUUUAGCCGCUACUAAAUCAUCCAAGAAACACCUCUCGAGCGUUUCGUCAAAAGGUAGAAGUACGACUUGCUUGACUGUCGGCGUAGUCAUGUUGGUUAUGGUCAUGUUCAUCUGGACUUAUAUGCUUAUACGAUUCACGUAG